ACCGCCCACGAAAAAGAUACAUGGAUGCCAUGUGCAAUCGCGGGACUCCUUUUUGUGUAGUGAGCGUCCAUCAGUAAAGUAACCUACAUGUGUAAACUGAAGUGAGCCCCCCCCCCCUUAUUCACGCUGGUUUCCAGGCCGAGUGGAUCGGAUAACCACGAAAAGGGGGCCAUAUAUGUGAAGAGGAGGCGACUUUAAAAAAGUUUAAUGUUUUUUUGGACAAAAAAAAAUGAGUGAAAAAACUAGGGGGUGGCAGCAUUGCUUCGAGCAAGACGGCUACGACCCCGCACGAAAACUCCUGUUGACAGGAGGAACUGGCAAAUGCUCCAGAAUGGGAAGCAACGCACAUACAAAAGAAGAGGGAGAGAACAUAUAAUCAGAAAUUGAAGUGAUUGUGUUUUGUGUUUGUAUAAGAAAUAUAAAUUUUUAGGUUACUAUUAUUACUAUUCAAGUUUUGAAUGUUUAAAUCCAGGAAACAUCUUCACAAAAAAUGGAGUCAGAUACGGCCUUGGACGAUCACUCGCGAACAAUUAUUCAUGUAGAUCUUGACUGUUUUUAUGCUCAAGUUGAAAUGAAUAAAAAUCCCAAACUGAGAGACGUUCCUUUGGGUAUCCAACAAAAGAACAUCGUAGUAACCAGCAAUUACAUUGCUCGGGAGUACGGAAUUAAAAAGUGCAUGUUGAUAGAAGAUGCUUUUAAACUUUGUCCAAACUUGGUAUUGGUUAAAGGCGAAGAUUUGCACGAUUACAGGCAAACGUCGUACAAAGUAACAGCACUCUUACAAAAGUAUUCGAACCUAGUAGAACGUUUGGGACUCGAUGAGAAUUUUAUAGAUGUGUCGAGGAUUGUUAGUGAACGAUUGGAAACUGGAGCAAACUGUGACGCAGUUGGUAAUAUUUUUGGAGACACGAGUGAUAUGUGCGAUUGUGGAUGUAGUGAGAGACUAGGAAUAGGUUCCAUUAUUGCUCAAAAUAUCCGUGAAGAUAUCAAAGUUCAACUUGGUUUGACAUCUUGUGCAGGCAUUGGACACAACAAACUUUUAUCCAAAAUUGCCGGAAGCAGGCAUAAGCCAAAUCAGCAGACAGUUGUUUUCCCAAACAGUGCUGUUGAGUUGAUGUUGACUUUAGAUGGAGUUUCAAGAAUUCCCAGUAUUGGCGUGGUCCUUUCCGAACAACUCAACAGUAUCGGUAUUAAGACAGUUCAAGACCUCCAAAGUACUAAUAUAUCGAAGUUGAGUGGACUUUUAGGGCCAGAAAAAGCAAAACAAGUUUACGAUUUGAGUUUUGGAAUAGACCGAAUACUUGUAAAGUCAUCUGGUAAACCCCAAAGCAUUGGCAUUGAAGACAGCUGCAAGUCAAUUUCAGCGGAAACAGAAGUGAAAGAGAAACUUGUUCAGCUUUUAAAUAGGCUCUUAGUACUAGUUGCUGAAGACGGCCGUAUUCCGAGAACUAUCAAAUUAACAGUCCGCAAGUUUGAUAAAAGCAGCAAAUUAGGUGUUCGGGAAACAAAACAGUGCAACAUCAAUUCAUCAUUAUUCACCUGCGGUGAUGUUACCAAAUUGGGUGAAAAUGCUCUGAAUAAGGUCAUGGUUAUUAUCAUGCGUUUGUUCAGUAAACUAGUGGACAGUACUAAACCCUACCACUUAACGUUACUUGGUUUGUCAUUCACUAAAUUUCAUCAGCGUUCCAUUGGAAAAAAUGCUUUAACAAAUUUCCUAGUCAAAGAUAUUGAAGUGCAGUCAGUAACAAACAUAAAAUGCAUAAGUGAGACCGAUGAACCUUCUUAUGAAACUCCGUGUUCCUCAACUGCAGAAAGUCCAGAAAAAGAACCAGGACCAGUUCGAAAAAAAAGCAAAACAAGUGACAUAGUUGCAAAGAGACGGUUUGUGAAAGAGACGGAAGAUUGUGAAUCACCGUUGAAGCUGCGAGUUGCCGAAUUGAGGUUGAAUUCCACAGAGAAACCCGCAGAUAGUAACCAAAACAUAUCUUGUCCUCCUAAUGCUGAUAAAGACGUUUUUCAUGCUUUGCCGAGGGAUUUGCAGGAAGAGUUAUGGGAGGAGUACAAGCAAACUAGAGAAAGAGACAUACCUGAUAAGCCUCUAGGCAAGAGGGUCAAACCUAAUAGUAUUCGUAAUUAUUUAGUUCCUCGAUAGUACAAAAUAUAUAUAAAAGUGCAAACAUAAUUUAUUCCUGCCAUUUUUUAUAUUUUUGAUAAUUCAAAAGUUUGUUAGGUGCAAAAAUCUCAAAGAAGCCCAUUUCUACCACUCAGUAACUAUACUCAAAUGAUUGACUUUCUUAGUGAAUCAGACAUGUUGGGUAUCAUUUAUAACCUUUCUUCACUAUUAAGUGAUCUGACAACUCAGCUUUAAUCAUAGAUAUCAUUUUCAUUUUGCACUGGAUUAAAAGGUAGAUUUGGAA